AUGGCGCAGGAGCCGCAAGAGUACAUUCAGCAGAAGGUGAAUCCAAUCCUUGAAAAUUUGGUUACGCAACUGCUGCUGGAGCGCCCUGAACAGCUUGCUCCAUUCAUGAUCAAGUGGCUUUCCCAGAACUCAAAAACGCCAGCAGCUGCUGCCUUGACUGAGGGCGUGAACGUUUUAAGUGAGCUCAAACUCGAAAUGGAGAAGUUGCAGGAGGAGGUUCGCGAGCUGGAGGCUCAGGUGGAGGCCAAGCGCGGCGACAAGACCGGCCCUCUAACGGCCGGCUCAGAAGCAGUCGACGCUUUGCAGUCCAUGGAAGAAAGUGAAGAUGAUGAGGAGGUUGAGGACGUCGUACCUCCGCCUGCCUUGACAUCCCGAGGACAUCGUGCUUCUGUGUCGGCGGAGGCGUAUGGACAAUGGAAUCCUGAGAAGGCAUUUGUUGCACCCGUUUAUGAGAAGUCGGACGAGCAGAAAACAAGACUUGCGAACGUUCUUAAGGAAUCCUUCCUCUUUUCGGGCCUCGAGUCUCCGGACAUCAAGAUUGUCAUUGACGCAAUGCAGGAGAAGAUCGUGGAGAAGGACACGCGGCUCAUCAAUCAAGGUGAGGAUGGCGACUGCUUGUAUGUCGUUGAGGAGGGGCAGAUGAACUGCUACAUCCGUCGACAGGAUGGCGCCGAAGACAUGGUGAAGGAGUGCACGUCUGGAGAUGCAUUUGGAGAGCUAGCUUUGCUGUACAACUGUCCACGAGCUGCCUCAGUCCAAGCUGCUGAAAGGUCCGUCCUGUGGGAGUUGGGCCGUGAGAGCUUCAACAACAUCGUGAAGAAGGCAGCGGUUGCCCAUCGUGACCAGCUCGAGGAGUUCCUCCUCAAGGUCCCCUUGCUCAAAGGCAUGGAUGCCUACGAGCGAAGCUCGCUAUGCGAUGCAUUGCAGCCGACUUCCUUCGCGCAGGGCGACGUCAUUGUGCAGCAAGGUGACAUCGGCGAUGUGUUCUACAUCUUGCAGGACGGCUCUGCAACCGUGUCCAAGGUAUAUGUUGCAGGCACCCCGGCCAAAGAGGUGCUUAAACUUGGCCCGGGAGACUACUUUGGAGAGCUGGCGCUCCUCAAAGGGGAGCCGCGAGCGGCCAGCGUGAUCGCUUUGACAGAGUGCAAGUGCUACACACUCUCGCGCCGUACAUUUAACCGCCUGCUUGGACCCUUGGAGGAAAUCCUUCGCCGAAACGCGACAAAGUACGACUAA